AUUAUAGCAUUGGAUGUUAUUAGUAAAGAAAAGGAAGGAAAAUGAAACGAUUCCUGUCCGUCAGGUUCCAGUAUGCCACGCCUUACUUCCCGCUUUCUCCCAUUCUCUCGGAUCACUCUUCUUCUUCUCCUAAUUCUCUUUUCACUUUCUCUCUCUUUUUUCAAUCCAAUACCAACAACCACCACCUAUUAUUGCCAUGGAUGACCGAAUCGACGAUGAUGACAAGGACAGAGAUCCCCUCGCCGCCAUGAGCGCCGUUCCACCUCAUCGCAAAGCCCAUUCCUACAGCCAACAGCUCCGUGGUACAUCCACACACAAACGCCAACAUCAAGUUCGCAAUCACAGUCUCGACGAUAGCCGCAUUUCCAAUAACAUCAUCGAGUCCUUCUACGAGUCCGAUUCCGAUGACGACUUUUUCCCACAUUCUAAUCCUAAUGCUGCUGAUGAAUACAUGGAAGGUGGCGGCAUUUCUGAUGAUCUGUCUCAGUAUCAGCCAUUGCAGGAAUUUAUUGGCAGCGGUGGCGGUGCUGGUGUCUUCAAGUCUCCCAUUAGAGCCGCCGUUCAUCCCGGUAGACCACCUUGUCUUGAGUUAAGGCCUCAUCCUUUAAGAGAGACUCAGGUCGGUAAAUUCCUCAGAAACAUUGCAUGUACUCAAACGCAGUUGUGGGCUGGACAGGAAUGCGGGGUUAGAGUUUGGGAGUUUCAGAAUGCCUAUGAACACGGUUGCGGUCUUGGUGGAAGAGUUAGAAGGGGUGACGAGGACGCUGCGCCAUUUUAUGAAUCUACUGAUACCUCUCCCACAUUAUGUUUGACGGUGGACAGCGGGAAUAGGUUGGUCUGGAGCGGCCAUAAGGAUGGCAAGAUUAGGUCAUGGAAAAUGGAUCAACAAUUUUCUACUCCCUUCAAGGAAGGUCUUUCUUGGCAGGCACACAGAGGUCCCGUUCUUGCCAUGGUCAUAACUUGCUAUGGUGAUCUCUGGUCAGGUUCUGAAGGCGGUGUUAUUAAGAUAUGGCCAUGGGAGUCCCUUGAAAAAUCUCUUUCUUUGUCUCCAGAAGAAAGACACAUGGCAGCCUUACUUGUCGAGAGAUCAUUCAUUGACCUCAGAGCUCAAGUCACAGUCAAUGGUGUCUGCAGUAUAUCUUCUCAAGAGGUUAAAUGUUUACUGUCUGAUCAUAUUAGAGGCCGUGUAUGGUGUGCUAGCGCUCUAUCCUUUUCACUCUGGGAUGCCCGAACAAAGGACCUUUUGAAAGUAUUUAACAUUGAAGGUCAGGCAGAGAAUCGAGUUGACAUGUCAUCCGUGCAGCAAGAUCAAGCACUAGAAGACGAAAUGAAGGUCAAGUUUGUUGCCACUUCGAAAAAGGACAAGUCCCAGAGUACCAGCUUUCUGCAGAGGUCACGUAAUGCAAUUAUGGGAGCUGCAGAUGCCGUCCGCCGAGUUGCAACCAAGGGAGCUGGAGCGUUUGUUGACGAUACCAAGAGAACAGAAGCUCUUGUCCAAACAAACGAUGGGAUGAUUUGGAGUGGAUGUACAAAUGGCUUACUUGUGCAAUGGGAUAGCAGUGGAACCCGUUUGCAGGAUUUUAGUCGCCACCCUUGUGCUGUCCAAUGCUUCUGUACUUUUGGAACACGAAUAUAUGUAGGCUAUGUGAGUGGUAUUAUCCAAAUACUGGACUUAGAAGGCAAUAUAUUGGCAGGAUGGGUUGCUCAUAACAGUCCUGUGCUUAAAUUGGCUGUUGGUGACGGUAAUGUUUAUAGCUUGGCAACUCACGGUGGCAUACGUGGAUGGAAUAUUGCAUCUCCAGGUCCUGUCGAUAACAUAAUAAGAUCAGAGCUAGCCACAAAGGAACUUACUUAUACCAGACGGCACAGUAUCAGAAUUUUGAUUGGCACAUGGAAUGUUGGUCAAGGUAGAGCUUCUCAAGAGGCACUUCUGUCGUGGCUGGGGUCUGUUGUAUCAGAUGUUGGUAUUGUUGUUGUUGGUUUGCAAGAAGUGGAGAUGGGUGCUGGUUUUCUUGCAAUGUCGGCGGCAAAAGAAACUGUAGGUCUAGAAGGAAGUGCAAUGGGGCAGUGGUGGCUGGAUACAAUAGGAAAGGCCUUGGAAGAAGGAAAAGCUUUUGAGCGUAUGGGUUCUAGGCAGCUUGCUGGUUUGCUUAUAUCUCUUUGGGUAAGAAAGAAUCUUAGAAAACAUGUUGGGGACAUUGAUGCUGGAGCAGUCCCAUGUGGUUUUGGACGUGCAAUCGGCAACAAGGGAGGAGUGGGUUUGAGAAUCAGAGUCUACGAUAGGAUAAUGUGCUUUGUGAAUUGUCACUUGGCGGCACAUUUGGAAGCUGUUAAUCGGCGUAAUGCUGAUUUUGAUCACAUUUAUCGGAAUAUGGUCUUCAGCCGAUCAUCCACUCUACUUAAUACUGCAGCUGGUAUGGUACCAUACCUGUUCUUGUAUUGCUCUCUUGCCUUCUCCACAUAUUUACUUUGGCUACUUUACUCUUGUGGCUUGCCAUUGGUCCUGUCUGUUGCAGCAGGUGUCUCUACUUCGGCUCAUAUGCUCCGCGGUACAAAUGCUAUGGGUGUCAGCUCCGAAGAAGCAAAACCUGAGUUAUCUGAUGCAGAUAUGGUGGUAUUUUUUGGUGAUUUCAACUACCGGCUUUUUGGUAUAUCAUAUGAUGAAGCUAGGGACUUUGUUUCUCAAAGAUGCUUUGAUUGGCUUAGAGAAAAGGACCAGCUCAGGGCGGAGAUGAAAUCCGGAAAAGUUUUCCAGGGAAUGCGGGAGGCAAUAAUCAAAUUUCCUCCAACAUAUAAGUUUGAGAGACACCUACCAGGUUUAGGAGGGUAUGAUUCUGGGGAGAAAAAGCGAAUUCCGGCUUGGUGUGACAGAAUAAUAUAUCGUGAUACUCGACCAGCUUCAGUAACCGAGUGCAAUUUAAAUUGCCCUGUUGUGUCAUCAAUUUUACAAUAUGACGCUUGCAUGGAUGUGACUGAUAGCGAUCACAAACCUGUUCGAUGUAAGUUCAAUGUGAGAAUUUCUCAUGCCGAUAGAUCAAUUAGGAGAAAAGAAUUUGGGGAAAUCAUGACUUCAAAUGAGAAAAUCAGAUCCAUGCUUGAAGAAUCACGUUAUGUUCCAGAAUGCAACGCCAGCCCAGACAAUUUAGUUCUUGAAAACAUGGAGGCUUCAUUUUUGCUUAUUACUAACAGAAGUACAAAGGAUAAGGCUGUAUACAAGAUCAUUUGCGAGGGUCAGUCUAUAGUCAAGAAUGACGGAGAAGCACCUGAUUACAACCCAAGAGGUGCCUUUGGCUUUCCUAGAUGGCUUGAGGUCUCUCCAUCCGUGGGUAUAAUUAAACCUGAGCAAACUGUAGAGAUUUCAGUACGUCAUGAAGAUAUGAAUGCCACUGAAGAAGUAGUAGAUGGGGUACCACAGAACUGGUGGAGUGAAGACACCAGAGAUAAGGAAGUAAUUUUGAUUGUUCGUAUUCAAGGCAGUUCCACAGUCCAAAGUUGCAAUCAGAAGAUCCAUGUGCGCCAUUCCUUCUCAGCAAAGCCGGUUCGAACUGACUCAAAAUCCAACAGUGCAAGAAGAAACCAAGUAAGCUAACUGCAUAGAAUAGUUUAAGAAAUUUAGUAGUUCCGCUUCCACUUAUAUGUGGUUGAUGACUUUGGAUUCCAAAAGAAGGAUGGAAAUGUCAAUAGCAUAGAUGCAAAAUAUUAGAAGCAUUGUUCAAAUUGUUGUUGAACAACCAAAAACAUCUGUUAUAAGUCUCAGUACAGGUUAGGCUGUCAUAGUUAUCUUAUUGUUUUGCUGUUUCAAUGUCACAAGUAUUAACUAAUGGAAGCCUGCUUUCCCAAUAGUGUUUAUUGUAGUAUUACUCUUUUUACCUGUUAAA